AUGGGCGACUUCCAACUCGUCGACCCUCGGGGCUGGGAGUAUGACUUACAUUCUGUCUAUUCUGCCUACAUGGGCCAUUUCCAACACUACGGGAUUCCAUGGUAUGAACGGUCCUGGGGGGUCAUGUUCGAAUCUUUCGACGAAUUCUUGACAUUCUCCUGGCCUGUCAUCGUAGUCACGGACUCUUGGACUGGAAGAGCACAUAUCGUGACUCGGAUGACUUCUAUCGGAGCAUUCCUGAAAAUGAUUAAGACAAGAUUUGGUGAAACACUCCCGAAUGUAGACAAUAUACUGAAAAUCAGUCCCUUCGAGGCACAUCAAAGGCCUCUUCGUACGGUGUCAGACUGGUCGUCGUACAAAAAGGUUUUUGCCACGCUCCCGGCUGUCACGCAAGCUGCCUACAAAGUUCGAGUGAAAAGCGGAGAGCCCAAAGCUGUCCGUGAGUUGUGGGAAAAGAAGGAUAAGACAUUCCUGGCGAUCGAUUUUGAGUGGUCGGAGCGGAAUGCGACCAGUUGUCUCGAGUGGGGUUAUGCUGCAGUAAGGUGUGGUCACCUUGACGCAGUAGGUACCUGGCCGCCAUCCCCGGAUAACUAUAGGAAAGGCCACUAUAUAGUCGCCGAAUACGUCGAUAAGCUCGUCAAUAAGCAUCAACCGACUUUUCCUUGGGCUUAUGCUUUUGGCGACAGUCAAGUUAUCCCCAAAGCCAAGUUACCGCAAAUCAUACAGGCAAUAAUCAGCAGUCUAGCAAGUCCCAGUUCCGAUAGCCAGCCAAAUACACUAGUUCUAGUAGCUCAUGGCAUCCACGGUGAUCUCCAACGCCUUGAGGAAAUGAAAAUCAGUGCGUUUCCUGUCCCAGUCGAUGUUUACGCCGCUCAACACACGCUCAACAUCACACCAGAGAUUCCUUCGAAUGCAGUGAUCAUCGAUACGGCCGCUUUUGAGCGUGAACUGUUCAACAUGGGGCUGCGAGGACCCAUGCAAGACAUGAAGACGGGCAAACCUCGGAAACCAGGCUCUACUCUUUCUCUUGGGAAUCUUCUGGCAUCCAUGAAAGUCAACGUGCAGUGUGCUCUUCAUAAUUCUGGCAACGAUGCCAUGAUGUGCCUCUUCGCCCUGCAGAAGCUUUUUGACCCGGAGAACACGAAGGUCCCCAUGGUACAAGUACGGCAGCCGCCUGUGCCGCCUAAUACUUACGGGGUUUCUCCGUCGCCGACGAUGAUGGUGCCGUCUGUCUCUCUACAACCAUGGGUGAACUACGGAGGAUCGUCCCCUUCUGGGAGCUCUCCCUCUCCCAGCGAAUGGCGCCGAAGUACGGCAAGCAAUCACAACCUCUCGGGAGACGAGGGUCGUCGUGGCUCGCCGAACUAUUUCAACUUCCGCGACCAAGACGUCGGCACGAACCCUCAUAGACUAUCAGCAAUCAGCACUGGCAGCCGGGAAUCGAGGAGAUUAAGCUCUCUGACGGACGAGAUGGGUUAUAGGCGAGACCGGUCGUCUAGUCGGGAACCCCUAGAUCGCUCUAUGAGGAAUUUGACCAUUGGGUAG